GAUGAACUCUCGCACCUGUCCUCACAGGGCCUGUGUUGCCCUCGCAAAACACCGCUCAUGAAGCGCAGACCACGCUGCCUUGGUACAAAUCCCACAAUGCUCCAAAGCUCUAGCUAGAAUAGCGCCAAUUUCAGCUACUUAGACGUGUUAGGCUCACGUGACCUUACCGACUGUCGGAACGCGGUGCCCGGACUUCGCUCAUCCAUUCAGUUAUUCAGCUGGAUGCUCUUCGCAGGACUACGCGUAUGUUCUCGCGUCACUCAAUCCCUCUCUUGCUCAGCUAGGCAGCAGGCGACUCUCAGGACGCGAUUUCUUGCCACGAUGGCACCGGCAACUCAAGCCGUCAAUACUUCCGAGCGGUUGCAGGCGCUGCGAAAGCUCAUGUCGAAGCCUGAUUACAAUGUCGCCGCCGUCGUUGUGCCCAGCGAAGACCAACAUUAUAGUGAAUACCCAGCGACGUGCGACGAAAGGCGCGCGUUCAUCUCUGGCUUUACUGGGUCUGCAGGAUGCGCUAUCAUCACUCCGACCGACGCUUUUCUAUUUACGGACGGUCGCUAUUUCCUACAAGCAGAGAAGCAGCUAGACAGGAAUUGGACAUUGAUGAAACAGGGUCUUCCAGAUGUGCCUACCUGGCAGGAAUUUCUGUGGAAGAAACUGCCCAAGUGCACGCGCAUCGGAGUUGAUCCGACAAUCGUUACUGCGUCGGAUGCCGACACCAUCCAGAAAAACCUCGAGCCGCUCGAGUCACAGCUAGUGUCACUCAAGCACAAUCUUGUAGACCUUGUGUGGACCAAUCGACCUCCCAGGCCGACGAACGGCAUUUACCCGCUGGACCUGAAGUACGCUGGCGAGUCGCACGUGCAGAAGAUUACACGACUGCGAGAAGAGAUGCGUAAGAAGGAAAUGCAUGCCGUAGUCGUGAACAUGCUUGACGAAGUCGCUUGGCUGUUCAACCUGCGUGGAUCGGACAUCGACUACAACCCAGUGUUCUUCGCGUAUGCCGUUCUGACCCCAGAAAAGGCACAUCUCUUCCUGAACCCCGCACAAAUCGACGACACGCUCCGCGAACACCUCGGCGGCCACGUUGACAUCCAUCCAUACGACUCGUUCUUCUCCUAUCUCCGAGAACUGGGUGCAGAGAUCGGACUACACAAGAAAUCAAGGGCCCUUGUUGGGGACAAAGCAAGCUUAGCCAUAGUGGAGGCAAUGGGAGCAGACAACGUCGUCGUAGCACGCUCGCCUGUCGCAGACUUCAAGGCCGUGAAGAACGAGACGGAGGUCGAAGGGUUCAGGCAGAGCCAUAUCCGCGACGGCGUCGCUCUCGUUCGAUACUUCGCGUGGCUGGAGGAGCAGCUCAACAAUGGGGUCGAGCUCAACGAGUGUCAAGUAGCGGACCAGCUGGAGCACUAUCGGGCAGAGCUCGAUUUCUUCCGCGGACUGUCCUUCCCUACCAUCUCGGCGACGGGACCAAACGGAGCGAUCAUACACUACCAACCGGAACCGAAUGAUUGUGCCAUUGUUCGCAGAGACCAGAUCUACCUUUGCGACUCAGGGGCACAAUUCCUCGACGGGACGACGGACGUUACGCGAACUUGGCACUUCGGUACUGCGACGCCCGAGGAGCGCCGCGCUUUUACGCGCGUGCUCCAAGGACACAUCGCCAUUGACGCGGCGGUGUUCCCGAACGGGACAACGGGAUACGUCAUUGACUCGUUCGCACGAAGACCCCUUUGGGAAGACGGACUCGAUUUCCGACAUGGCACAGGUCACGGAGUUGGUCAUUUUCUGAACGUCCAUGAAGGCCCGCACGGGAUCGGCGUUCGCAUAGCGUAUAACAGUACACCUUUGAAGUCGGGUAUGACUGUGUCCGAUGAGCCUGGCUACUACGCCGACGGGCGAUUCGGCAUCCGCAUCGAGAACGUGAUUAUAGUCCGCGAAGCGAAGACGCCAAACAACUUCGGAGAGAAAGGAUAUCUCAAGUUCGAGCACGUCACCAUGUGCCCGAUCCAGAAGAGUCUCGUCGAUGCCUCUCUGUUGAGUCCGAAGGAGGGAUCGUGGCUGGAUUCAUAUCAUGCGGAGGUGUUGGAGAAGCUCUCGCCUUUGCUUCACGCAGACCAAAGGGCACUUGCUUGGCUGCAACGCGAAUGCUCGCCUCUCUGAUGAGAAGGCUUUCUUGGACUACGAGCCCCGAGAUAUACUGACCUCGCGCAUCCUACAAUAGAACAUUUUCGCCACCUGGCAGCGGAUCCUUGUAAGAUGUAAGUAGACAUUAUUGACCAUCACGAAGAGUCAGAAGGAGGUCGUAAAGUGCUCGCGAGGCAGGACGACUCGAAGAAGGACAGAAAGCCUGAAUACAAAUACAAGGUCAGAGCUGGCCAGAGUCGGCCAUGAUAUGGCUCUCAUCGGCGCGUCCAUACACAGUAUAUCUUACUGUCAGUGUAUAUACGUCAACAGCGGUAAGUAAC